UUGAGAACUUGCAUGUCUUAGUGAAGUAGGUUCUGAUAAUUUUGUGUGCUGCAGUAAUAUAUGGAUGAAAACUUGUGUUGUUUGAUUUGUUUGACAUGUUGGUGUUGAUUGUGACAGAUGGCUAGGCUAGUAAAUUAGGGGAUAUGUUGUUUGCUUUCAUAUAGAUUUUUUUAUACUUAGUUUUGUUUUGUAUGUUUAUUUUAUUUUAUUUUCUUAAUUUUAAUUUUUUAUUAAAACAAAUAGGCGCAAUAUGGAAAAUGAACGAAUGUCAGUUGAUAGCUUAUCAGUAGAAUACAUAAAAGGGGUUGAUGAGUUUCUUAAAUUUAGUUUGGAUCAUGCCAAAGAUCCAAACUAUAUUUUUUGUCAUUGUAAUAAGUGUGGAUAUAUGAAAAAGAUGACCGCCACAAUGUUAAAAGAACAUUUAUAUUUCCACGGGAUAGACAAUAGUUAUAAAAUAUGGUAUUGACAUGCAUGCAUCCUCACAUGCUUGUUAAUAAUAGAUCAAUUAAUAUACUUUAUAUCUAAUUAUUACUACACUUAUUUUCAAAAACUAGAAUUAGCAUCUAUAAAGAACAAAUUACUUUCAAUAUUUCUCAUCAAUCAAAGUACUAACCCAUUCUUCUUGAGUCCUUUAUUGUACAAUAAUCUGAAAGAAUAUGGCUUAUUCUAGGGCUCAGGUAUCCACUGCUCUCUUUCUCUACCUCAACUUGGUGUUCUUGACCAUGGUUAGCUCCACUAAUAUCCCAUUAAUACCUGCUGGCCCUACUCUUAACUCUAAGUGUUCAUUGGACACUCUUAAGUUGGGAGUGUGUGCAAACUUGUUGAAUGACUUGGUGCACGUUGUUGUUGGGACCCCACCCAAGACCCCUUGUUGCACUCUCAUCCGAGAUUUGGUUGAUCUUGAAGCUGUUGUUUGCCUUUGCACUACUAUUAAUGCUAACGUUUUGAGCAUCAUUCUCAAUAUUCAAAUUUCAUUGAGCUUGCUUCUAAACAAUUGCGGCAAAUGUGUUCCAUCAGGCUUCCAAUGUAUUUUAAAAUAUUUGAAUUUCAUUUAUUUUCCAAAUAAUACUUCUGAUUAUGUAUUUUGUCUUUAUUAGUUGUUUGGUUUUCACUGCCUGUAAUGUUGUCACUAUGUUUGUAUAUAUUGG